AUGAUUUAUGAGUUCAAGAACAUCCAUGCAAAGAUUGAUGAAAACUAUUCUGACCUCAACAACAAGUACAUGCAACUUGCCUCUCAUCUCAAGGCUUUGGAGAAUCAAGUUGCUUCUAUGCCUUCAUCCUCCAAGCAGCCAAUGGGGUUUCUACCAGGGAAACCAGAAAAGAACCUCAAGGAGUCUUGCAAUGUUGUCUUCUCCACUACUUCUCCAGAAAUUGAGCUGAGUGAUCAUGAGAAAGAGGAGGAUGAGAUUGAAAGACUGGUAUUUGGAACUGAGUUUAGGGAAGUUGAGAGAUUUGUUGUGGCCACAGCUGAAGCACAGAUUGUGAAGGACGCUGCCAGGAAGGUUGAAGCAACGAAUCUGCAAAGAGCUGAGCACAAGGCUGAGAAACAAGUUGAGAAGAGAGCUGACAACAAGCUGAAAGAGGUUAAGCUAGAGGAAGCCACUGAGGUUGAGCUAUCACCCUAUGAUAAGCUCCCUUUCCCCCAAAGAGUUCUCACCAAAGCUCAGAAGAAGGUGUUCUCCAAGUUCAGGAAAGAUCUUAGUGAUGUUGGGGUCAGGCAUCUAGAAAUCUCGGGUAUGCGUGAAGCUCAUGUCCAGAUGAUGCUCAUCAACGACAUUCUAGACCACCAAGCUGAAGUUGCCGAGCUUUUGGACAUCUCCAUUCUGAAGAUUGAUCCACCAAUCCCUCCAAAGUCCCUCCCUAAGCUUGAGUCUCAAUGGAUGUUCACCUUGCCUUGCUACCUUGGUAAGCUCACUUUUGAUGAUGCUCUUAGUCUCGGGAUUGAGAGCAUGGAGCCAAACACAUCUUCCCUACAGUUUGGAGAUUCCUCUUCUACAACCCCUAUUGGUCUCAUCAAGGAUUUCCCUUUGAAGAUUGGAGCAUGCACUAUUCCUAUAGACCUCAUUGUUCUGAAGAUGGCAACUGAGAACAGAGUCCCAUUGAUCCUUGGCACUCCAUUCCUCACAACAGUGGGAGCUUGCAUAGACUUUGCCAACAAGAAGGUCUCAUUCCUAAAUGUGAACAAAGCUGUCUCCUAUCCACUACAAUCCCCAAAGAUGAAUGCUGAGUAUUGUGGAACAAUCACUUGUGGAGCAUCCUCCAUUGAGAAGAGCAAGGCUGAAGGGUUUGGUAUUGAGAAAGAAGGUCUUGCUGGAGAAUCCUCUAAAGAGCUUUGUGAUGAGCACUUGGAAAGUGCUAAAAAAAAGGAGGUGAGUAGAGCCACAAAGGCUGCUCAUGAUAAGAAGAAGAUUGUGAAAGAACAUCAUCCUACACCUCUUGAUAAGACUCCUCACAUUCUCACUCUCCACCCAAUGAAGCUUAAGGAUGUGGCCAUUGAGUACAAAAUCAAGUGCAAGGGAAGGUCUAAGCCAUUCUCAAAUGCAAGGGGCAUCAUCACUCCUCAGCUCCAGAAUGAUCCAAUCAAGCUUCAAGAGCUUCUCUCCGACGUCCUCACCAUCACUCUUGAAGGUGGGAAAGACCCUCCUUCUCACUAG